AUAAGAGUUUGGGAUCAAGAAUCAUGGUGAAUCACCUAUCUUUCUAUAAAUACCACAAAAUUGAAGCUGAACGCAUGAGUUCUAAUAUAUCAUUCAAAAGUUUUUGAAAUGUUGUCACCCCUUCUUCUAUUUCUAUGCCUAACUCUUCCUUUGUUUUUGUUGUCCUUCUUCAAAUACCGUAAAACCUUCAAGAAUCCACCACUUCCACCAGGUCCUAGAGGCCUUCCCAUAAUAGGGAAUCUUCAUCAACUAGAUAGUCCUUCUCUUCAUGAGCAGCUAUGGCAUCUCUCAAAGAAAUAUGGUCCUUUAUUUUCCCUUCAAUUUGGAUUAAGGCCAGCCAUAGUUGUUUCCUCUCCAAAAUUGGCCAAAGAGGUAAUGAAAGACAAUGACCUUGAGUGCUGUGGACGACCUAAAUUACUAGGCCAACAGAAACUAACCUAUAAUGGGUUAGACAUGGGAUUUUCCUCAUACGAUAGUUAUUGGAGAGAAAUCAGAAAAAUUUGUGUUGUCCAUGUCCUUAGCUCCAAACGUGUCCAAAGCUUUACCUCAAUAAGACAUUUUGAGGUCAAGCAGAUGAUAAAAAAAAUAUCUAGGCAUGCCUCAUCUUCAAAAGUUACAAAUUUAAAUGAAGUGCUUAUAUCUCUUAUUAGUACUAUUGUAUGUAGAAUUGUUUUGGGGAGAAGGUAUGAAGAGGAGGGAUCUGAAGGUAGCAGAUUCCAUAAGUUGUUCAAUGAGUGUGAAGCUAUGUUGGGUAACUUCUUUGUUUCAGAUUAUAUUCCUUUCAUGGGUUGGAUUGAUAAACUCAGGGGACUGGAUGCACGUCUUGAACGCAAUUUCAAGGAGAUGGAUAAGUUCUACCAAGAAGCCAUUGAUGAACACAUGAAUUCUAAGAAAAAAACUCCAGAGGAAGAGGAUUUAGUUGAUGUCUUACUUCAACUGAAAGAGAACAACACGUUUCCCAUAGAUCUCACCAAUGAUAACAUCAAAGCAGUGCUCUUGAACUUACUUGUAGGAGCUACAGGUACAACUGAAGUCACAACAAUCUGGGCCAUGACUGAACUAAUAAAAAAUCCAAGCAUUAUGAAGAAAGUGCAAGAAGAAAUUAGAGGUUUAAGUGGUAAGAAAGAUUUCUUGGAUGAAGAUGAUAUUCAAAAGUUUUCCUACUUAAGGGCAGUGAUAAAAGAGACACUUAGAUUGCACUUACCAGCACCACUACUUAUACCAAGAGAAACAAAUAAAAAAUGCAUGUUAGAUGGCUACGAAAUUCCAGCCAAGACAUUAUUAUAUGUGAAUGCUUGGGCAAUUCAUAGAGAUCCUAAGGCUUGGAAAGAUCCAGAAGAGUUUAUACCUGAGAGGUUUUUAAAUUGCGACAUAGAUCUUUAUGGACAAGAUUUUGAGUUUAUUCCAUUCGGUGCUGGUCGUAGAUUGUGCCCUGGUAUGAAUAUGGCAUUUGCUGCAUUGGAUCUUAUACUUGCUAAUCUUCUUUAUUCCUUUGACUGGGAAUUGCCACAAGGAAUGAAAAAGGAAGACAUUGAUACUGAAGUGUUGCCAGGAGUUACACAGCAUAAGAAGAAUCCUCUGUGUGUUGUGGCCAAGUGCUAUAUGUAAAAUCCAAAAGUCGUAACUACUGCUGAAAAAAAUAAAAUAAAAUAAUUAAUGAUUGUACUCUUCCAACGAAGAUUAUUAAAUAAAGAUGUAAGCACUCCAAAAUAAAAAUAUUUCUGUUGUGUUUAAUCUUA